UGUAUCACGGCAGACUCGUUUAUGCGGGUGUCGGCGUUGGAAACAAGUGCGGCCAUCAGCUCGCAACUCUCCCAGGCGGUCGCCUCCAUUGAUUCGCCUGCUCGAUACCGAGACGGGAGUGCAGCCGGAGGAGCGCGCAGAGUCUGUCCACGAUAUGCGCGCUGCAGCCGGGGAGGAGCUUCGGGAUUCUUCCCCCCCCUUGUUUGGCGCCUCUCUCAACUGAAGACCCGUUUGCGAAGGGGGAAAUAAGGGGAAAAGGUACUUGGACAGACUGGAACUAGUAUCUAUCAAUAUGAGCCCCACGGACCCCUCAAACAGCACAGGAGAAAUGGGAGCUAGAGAAACAGAUGCCUACCUCUGGUAUCAGGGCACUCUUGCCAAUGACAGCAUCGGUUUCCACAGACCUGGUUUUCACACUGACGUCACCAAGCACUUAGGGGUUCAGAUCACCCUGAUCACAGCCUACACCCUCAUUAUCCUUCUGGGGUUGUUGGGGAACGCUCUGGUCAUCUACAUGAUUAUCCGUUACAGAAACAUGCGAACAGUAACCAACUUCUUCAUAGCCAACCUGGCGCUGGCAGACCUUCUGGUAGACACCCUGUGCUUGCCUUUCACUCUGGUCUACACUCUGCUAGAUGAGUGGAAGUUUGGGGCGGUGCUGUGCCACAUGGUACCCUUUGCCCAGGCCCUGAGUGUGCAUGUGUCCAUCCUGACCCUGACUGUUAUAGCGCUGGAGCGCUACCGCUGCAUCGUCUUUCACCUGGGCCAGCGCCUCACCUGGCGCUCAAGCUUCCUCAUUAUGAUCCUCACCUGGACUCUGUCUGCUUUGCUGGCAGGACCCCUGGCAAUCUUCAGAGAGUACCGCUAUGAGGAGAUCCCCUCCAUUAACCUACGCAUUUCCGUCUGCUCCGAGAAGUGGCCGCAUGGGACCAGCAGGGGCGGAGUGAUCUACAGCCUUUCUAUGCUGCUACUGCAGUAUAUUCUUCCUCUAGCCAUCAUAAGUUAUGCCUAUAUCUGCAUUUGGAUCAAGCUCAAGAAUCACGUCAGUCCAUGCAGCCACAGAGACAGCAUUAACCGGCGCAAAAAAACCACCAAGAUGUUGGCUCUGGUAGUGGUGGUCUUUGCCACCUGUUGGCUACCUUUCCAUGUUUUUCAGCUGGCCAGUGACCUAGACCUGGUGCUCAAAUUCAAAGAGUACAAGCUGAUCUAUACUGUUUUCCACAUUGUGGCCAUGUGCUCCACUUUUACCAAUCCUGUCCUGUAUGGGUGGAUGAAUAGGAACUACAGGAACGGCUUUCUCAUGGUGUUCCGUUGUCAGGACAAGCCGGACAUGUUUCACCCCGAGGGCUCCUUCAGGACACGGUCACUGAGGGGGCUGACUUUGAAUGGUCGUAAUGGAGGACAUCCUCCAACUGCUGUAUGAGAUGAAAAUCUAAACAACAGUAACAACAUUCCUUGACACAUUAUACAGACCUCUCUGUCUUGUUGCACUUGCCUUUUGACUUGGAUUAACUUAUUUGGAGCACCUUUUAUUCAAUGGAGGCGGC